CGUGAAUAUAUGAACUAGUUGUCGGUUUUAAUUUUAAUGAAAAUUAUAACCACGUAUAAAAUAAAAUAAAAUGGAUGAAGAUGAGCAUUUACAUCGUUUUGGCACGCCCCUAGAACCCCUGGAUAAAGACGAAGUGCCAGCUAAAAAACCUCUGGCAAUCGAAGAUCAGAUUGUUAAAGAUGAAAAUGGUAAGCGGCGAUUCCAUGGUGCCUUCACCGGGGGCUUUAGCGCAGGCUUUUGGAACACCGUGGGCUCUUUGGAAGGUUGGACACCGCAGAACUUUAAGAGCUCACGUGGAGAGAAGGCGGCUAAAGUUCAACAGCGACCGGAAGAUUUUAUGGAUAAGGAGGACUUGGGCGAAUUUGGCAUUGCUCCCCAGGGCAUACGCACAAGAGACGAGUUCUCCAAGGAGACUGAGGAGGAUCGUGCUGGUCAACGCAAACGAAAGUUAAUGCAGCCAAAUCUAGAUGGACCAAUACCUGGUGCACCCGUGCUGGAGCAGUUGCUACGGCCGGUGCGGGAUAAAGUGGCCGUUCGCAUACUGAAGAGCAUGGGCUGGAAGCCGGGCCAAGGUGUGGGUCCACGGCAAACGCGAAAAGAGAAGCAACAAGCGACGACUCGCAACAAAAGAGAGCAAUAUUUAUUGGAGCACUACGGCACAGAGGGCUUGCAGACGAAGGAGGACAGAGAAGGCGAUGCUGCUAACGGAAAUGAUGACGACAAUGAGGAGGAUGAGGAUGACGAAGAGAUCACCUUUGCUCCAGAUGACUAUGAACCCGUUUUCUACACCCCCAAAGACAAUCGUUUCGGCAUGAGCUACACAGGACUUAGUAGGGCGCCAGUUUUAUCAAAGGGGACCGCGCCCGCUGCACCGAUGCAACACAUUAAUCUCUUUGGCAAUUUGGAGGCGUCUUCAAAAAACAAGAAACUUUCUAUUCGUGGCCAGGCCUUUGGUGUGGGCGCGUUUGAGGAAGAGGAUGAAGAUAUAUAUGCGCGAGAUGAUAUGACAAGCUACGAUUUCUCGCUGGGCGAUAAACAAGCCAAGAAAAAAAAGGCCCAGUAUGUGCAACAAAAAAAUGUCAUCGAUGGUUUCAGUGAGGAUAAAAGUGGUGCAUCCUGUCAAACAGCCUUCUCCAUCGAUCUGCCACGUGAUUAUCGGCCACGUAAUUGGCUGCAGCGUCGAAGUCGUUUUGCGCCCAUAGAUGAGAAUCGUGCUAGACAUCUGGCGAAGGAUACUGAAUACAAAAAGGCCGGACUGGGCAGACACGAUUUGGAUCCGGAACAACGUGCCAAGCUGCUGGGUGAAGAAACAGUGGCGACAGAGGAGCAAGCUCAGCAAGAGCAGCAACAGCCAAAGAAAAAUCCUUUUAAAACAGCAACCAGCAAUGAGCGCUGCAAAUCCUUGCUUGAGCGUAUAAGUGCAAAAAGCGACAACUUUACACGCGGUGGUCUCAUUACCGCCACAGGAGAGGAGCAGUCCGCUCCGAAAACACAAGCACCUGAGGUGCCACUAAGCACAGACGUGCAACAGUCCAAUGCAGAGCUGUUGGAAAAGGCAGCUGCCAAGACGAAGGACUUGCCUUCCGGCACGCCUAAGAAUGGUUUUAAGCCCUUUUUAGGUGACGAGGCUAAACAGCAACGCUAUGAAAAAUUCCUGGAAGCCAAUCUAAAAGAUGAUGGCGAGAUUACAAAGCUAUUGAGUGAUAUGCAGCCAGUUACGCUUUCGUUGUGGGACCGUGAGAUGGAAAAGAAGGAAUUCAUACAGGCUGCAAAGAUUUAUAAGCCGCUGGCCGGCCUUAUGCUCGAUCGUUUCGUUUCUGAAGCCACAGUCGAGGAGGUGAAGAAAGAGGAAAAGGCUAAACCCGCAGACCAGCGUAAAAUCAUCAUGGAACGCACUAAGGCAAUGUGGAAGCCAUGCGCCCAACUCUGCAAACGCUACAACAUUGCCGAACCAUUUGGAGGUGCUAUGCUGGAGCCACCGAAGGAGAUGAACAAAAGACCAAAAAUCUCUAUAUUCGAUUACUUGGAAACUUCCGUCAAUACUAAAGCAAAUUUCAAAACGCCUAGUAUUAUACCGCAGCACAUAGUACCUCCCAAACCCCAGGUCGCAGAACUGCCCCAGUCCAGCAUUUCUGUUGAAAAGCAGGCGCCAGAUGUUGAAUCAAAUAUGGCGACCGGCUCAGCUAAGAUCGAAGACAUCAAACACUCGCCUGCGCUUUCCAUAACUAAACCUACGUUUGUGCCGAAAACAGCUUUAGAGCAAGCGGUAGAGGCUUCCAAAAACAAACAUAUCUCUGAAAAGACUGAUCUCUUCAAAAGCAUAUUUGACGACAGCGACGAGGAGGAGGCGACGCCAGCAAUGGCGCAGACUGCUCCUGAAGACAGGCUGGCCGAGAUGAAAGCGGCUUUGGGCUUGCCCGGCAGCUCUAAUGCAGCGGCUGUCAACUUGCUGAGGAACAAUUCUCCACCGCGUGGAGUUUUUGCUGCGUUCUUCACAGAGCCAGCAACGGACGAACCAAAGUCAGUCCCCAAGAAAGCUCCAAAAUUUGAGCCCAUUCCUGGAAAUCAGCUGAAGAUUGCCUACAAAUCGCGCGAGGAACGUCUAAAAAACGACAAGGAGCUGGCCAUGGCUGAUGUGCCCGCAGAAAACCUCUAUGGACCCAGGCUGCCAACCCCCCAGGCGACAACCACUUCUCCAACAACAGCCCCAAUUGUUAUUGCUGAGGCAAAUAUUGACGCGAAGUUACAGCAGCUUUGGCAAAAACAUGCGCCCAAAAAACGAAAAAUUGAGAAGUGGGUGGAACGCAAGCUGAGCACCGACGACGACAGCGAAGACAGUUCCAGCACUGGUAGCAGUAGCAGCCAUGAUAGCACAGCACCAUCCAAAAGUAAAAGGUCUAAAAAAACCCACAAGAGCAGCAGUAAAAAGUCCAAAAAACAUAAGGAGAAGUCAAAGAAAAAGUCGAAAAAACGUGAUAAGUCAGCACACAAGUCGAAAAAGAAGAAAAGCAAACGCUAAUGAAUGUUCAAUAGGCAAUAAACAAAUUGCACGAUUUUUAGUCUUAAGCUAUUCGUUAAGCUUCAAAGUAAACUAAAAAUAUACCGGUUCGAUUAUUUCCCUACAUAUUAAAAUCUCUAAGACGCA